AUGAACAAAAACGGAACAGCUAAAAUGAAUGAUAAUCAAAUUAGAGCAGAAGGUAGAAGGUUAUUUAAACGCUUCUAUAACAUUCCUGAUGGUGUUAAUCCUAAAACUCGUAGAAGCUAUUUAAAUGAAGCAAUAGAUGCAUAUGAAGGGUUUGACAUUUCAUCAGAAAGUGAGAGAUUAGCGAGAAUGUUAAAUGUUAAUAUUGAUUUCUAUUAUUGUGAUCCUCAACCAGAAGACGUGGACAUAAAUAAGGUAGACUUUCCAUUAGUGGAAUCAAUAAUGAUAGAUCCAGAAUUUGAAACAGUAAAUAUUUUAUUAACACAGAGUCCAUGUGGAAAACUUCACGCUGACAGAAUAACAGACGUUGAAGCACUCACCGGCUAUAAAGUUUGUCCAUAUUGUAAAGAAGAAGUUUAUUCUAUCCGUGAUGAUCCAGAAAGGAAAAACCAAAGAAGAUUUUUAAAGCAUUGUGAGAAAUGUAAAGAAAAUAAUGGAAGAUUAAUUCAAGACGUUCAAUUGCAAAAGAUCCAGCAACCAUAUGCACCACAUAUUACGAAACAGAAGAUAUAUCAGUGGUUAUUAGCUCACAAUUUGCAGAAAUAUUAUAAACCGACAAGAUAUUAUAUUACUUUUGACUUCGAAACAUUAGAGACUAAAGAAGAAUUACAACUUUCUAAGUGUGCAACUUUGAACGCUUACUUAAAACCAUUCAUG